GCCUUGAUCAUUGACGCUAGGGGAGGGUCUUUGCCCCGCCACCGGCGAGUACCCAGCGCCUCUGGUGGAUUGCUGCGGCGGAGGAGGUGGCGGUGGUGGGAGAGCGUCCUGCCGAAACGAUAAGAGAGGAGCGUAAAGACGCAACGUGGCUGCCUAGUUGAUGCAGCUCCACCACGGUGAGGUCGCUGACAACCUGUUUAGAAGUCAACAAACCGAGCAACCGUGAGACCUCCUCGCCCCCAGUGGACAGCUAUGAAGUGGAAAUAGUUUCAACAGGCCUAUGGUUUCGGAUCAGAACCAUGGACAGCAGCAUUGACAAGACCAGGAGCCACCUCAGGAAGCGUCUGGACCAGCUGGGCUACCGACACCAUUUUGGUAUUGACUCUGUGCCACUGGUUGCUAAACUCUUCAGCGAUCUGGUGCAUACCACAGUUAGCCUUCGCGAUGCUAAGCUGUCAGCAGGGAAGCCUGAACGAUACUAUCACACACAUGUCUCAUCUGAGCCACCGUACAGGACAGUGCUGGCUCGUCAACUGGACUCGGGCGACCAUCGUACAGGUGAUAAAAACAUCAGAAUUUAUUUGGUCGACCAGUCUACACAGACUGUUGAUGUAAGACUGCCCCAUCUUGGUGGUGAUGAAGAUUUAUCUGGAAGGCUGGUUGAACCACAGGUAGAGGUGUUCACACUCAAAUCGGAGCUGGACUUCUCUCACGGGCACAUUGAAGACAUCACCAGACAAUUGGCAGAGGCUCAGGAGGCCAACCGGACGCUGGAGGAGAAACUGGAGGAGUUGCGGCAGACACAGAGCAAUGAGGCGGCCGAGCUGGCUUCCCGCAACGAGGAGGUGCAUCGGGAGCUGGCGCGAAAGGAUGGCACGGUGGCUCAGAUGGUGGCGGUGAAGGAGCGUGUGCUCAACAUGGCCUACAGGAAGCUGUCCGCCUCCAAGGAUGUCAUCUUGAGUCAGCAGGAAGUCAUCCAGGACUUGGAGGGGAACCUGAGCAAAAUAAAAGCAGAAGUUUGCGAGCAAAGUCGUCUCUGGGAGCAGCUGGCAGAGGCCAGAGGACGCAAUGAGCAACUGGAGGGACUGCUCACCUUCUUGGAGGCAGAGAAGAGCGCACUGCAGGAAAAAGUGGACAGAAUCAUGGCCAAUGACCGAGACCUGGUGCUGGGCUUGGGCCGUGCCGAGCCUACGCGUGGCCCGGCCGUUGUCAUCAAGAGCUUGGAGGAGGAGCGCGAUCGUUACCGCCGUGAGGCCCACCGCUACAAAAGCCUCCUCAGAGUCACGGCACCGGCGGCAGCCACCGCGUACAGUCCCACGCAAGCCAGGGGAAACAAGGUGGUCUUGGCUGCCAACUUCCAGGGCGACUGCAAAUGAGGCGAAUGAACGCACCUUUUCUUUCAACGCUGACAACACUUACCUCAAGCACUUUACGCCAAGAACGAACUUACGGAUCAUAAUUAUGACCAUUUGAUUGAAAAUAAACCUGAAAACUGAUGAGUACUUCCUCCUGAAAUAGGCGUAUCAACAAAUAUUGGCGAUACCUACCGGUCAACUGAGUGACCUACAUGACACAGCUCCACGUAAUGAUUAGGGGUGUAAAUCGCGGGUAUUGUCACGAUACGAUAUCAUAUCGAUUCAAAGAACCACGAUACGAUAUUUGCCGAUAUCUUAAAACCUGCUGUGAUUCAUUCACGAUACAUCACGAUAUAGUGCUCUACGAUCGAUAUAAAACAAUAUCCUGAUUCGUAUCAAUUCAUACGCAAAAUCAUCAAGGUACUGCAAACUCUUUAUUUAGGAAAUUACAAAGUGCUUCCAAACGAAUGACUCAAAGCCCAAAGAGGAGCGAAUUUCCCCGUCUUCUUGGACACUAGCCAUAGCACCAGCCCAGGAGCCGCGUAGUUGUCGGCUCCCCUUUCACAUACCUGCUCUGCUCACAACACAACAUGCCGCGCACUGCUCCCGGAAAGAGGAAGCAAGCAACAAUAAACUGGAUUUCAAAAACGGGCGAUAUAGAUCGAUGUUUACGUUUAGCAUCAAUGCCAACAAAUCGUAGAGCAUUAUAUCGAUUAAUCGAUGUGUAUCGAUGAAUCGUUACACCCCUAGUAAUGAUGCUUUCACUUUUCUAGGUGAACACCAUUUUUUUAACACAUUCACAUAGUUAUAAUUCUGGUAAAGAUAUUUUAGAUCAAUAUUUUAUACACUAAUAUAACAGACUUGUGUGUUUUAUACAGAAAGUGAGAGCUGUCAUAAGAAUUUUUAUUUGCAAGGUUCAUGAACUAAUCGGCGGCGGAGAUAAAUCCAUAUACAGGCACGGGUGGCAUGGAAAACACGCUUGAUGAUGAAUUACUACUAAUCAUGAUGCGAUUAUGACAGGAAAAACAAAAAAUGAUGUUUGGCAUUGUGUACACACGCGAGUGUUCACGAUCACAUGCAAAAAAAAAAGUGUUGUGAUAUAGAUGAAUUAUAUAAUUUAAAAUGUUGGCUAUGGAAAUAGUCUCUUUUUUUAAAUACAAA